GGCGGGAGCUACUUCCAUGUGGGCUUCCUGCUGUGGAUUGCUGAAUGAAGUCAUGGGUACUGGAGCUGUGCGUGGCCAGCAGGCUGGCUGGGGGGGAGGUGCUGGCCCCUUCAGAUUCACACCGAAUACAGACUUCUCAGCAUAUCCACCUCCAGCUGCGGCGGGCGCUAACAUAGUUUGCAAAGCCUGUGGACUUUCCUUUUCAGUUUUUAGGAAAAAACACGUGUGUUGUGACUGCAAGAAGGAUUUUUGCUCAGUUUGUUCAGUCUUGCAAGAGAAUCUCAGAAGAUGUUCCACUUGCCACUUGCUGCAAGAAACAGCCUUUCAGCGACCUCAGUUAAUGAGACUGAAAGUAAAGGAGCUGCGUCAGUAUCUGAUUCUCAGAAACAUACCAACAGAUACCUGCAGAGAGAAAGAAGACUUGGUGGAUCUUGUGCUGUGCCAUCACGGGUUAGGUUCGGAGGAGGAUAUGGACGCUGGUAGCUUGCAUUCAUCACGGUCACAGACUUCGGGGUUUUUUACUCAUCCAUUUUCUAUGUCUGUAUCGGUGUCAUCUCAAGGAGAACUUGCAAACAGAAGGGGAAGCACAGGAAAUGGAACACCUUUACGGGGACAAACGGAAACCUCUUCUAUAAAUAAUGAAGAAGAAGAAAGUGCAGAAGAGCAGACCCCUGGAUUGUCCAGAAAGCGAGCGAGGGCAUCUUUGUCUGAUAUUUCAAGUCUGGAAGACAUUGAAGGGUUGAGUGUUCGACAGCUGAAGGAAAUACUUGCGUGUAAUUUUGUCAACUACUCAGGAUGCUGUGAAAAAUGGGAACUUGUGGAAAAAGUGAGCAGACUAUACAGAGAGAGUGAGGAAAACCACAAGACACAGGGUGAGAAGAUGCAGCUGAACGACAACGAUGACAACCUGUGUCGGAUCUGCAUGGAUGCGGUGAUCGACUGCGUCCUGCUGGAGUGCGGCCACAUGGUCACUUGCACCAAGUGCGGCAAGAGGAUGAGCGAGUGCCCCAUCUGCCGACAGUACGUUGUACGGGCCGUGCACGUGUUCAAAUCUUAAACCCCAGACCAAAACCAGAUUUUGUAGUUGCCCUUUCAGCAAUGCUGGGGGCAGGAGUGCCGAGCCUUGGGGCGUAUGUCAGCUUUUUAGUUCUCGAUAAACGCACUGUUUUGAACAGCAGGAUCUAGAAGUUUCUGAAACAUUUUUCUACAGCAUACUGAACCCUAGGGUUGGGUGGUACCACACGAUGCCCGUGUGUACAGUGAUAGCGCUGCCUGACUUACCUUACAAACCCACAAACUGUUUGAGUCAAACUGUUUACAGCAGUUCUUGCUCUCUUCUGAAGAAUAUCACCUCUAAUUAGCGCAUUCAGUACUGGGCAAGCGGUACCUUUGCUCGACCAUACUAGCGUGUACGUUGUCUAGUGCAUUAGAAGCAAUGAAUGUAUCAGUUGAAUAUUCAGCUUUUACGUAAUUAUAGAAUGUAACUGUUCUGACACUGUCCCUGCAACAGUGUUAACAGUAUAAAAUACGACUGUAGAAAGCACUGCCAUUAACUGUACCUGCACAGAGGCCCUUAAGCAAUCUCUCCUGCGCAGAAUGUCUGCCAUUACACCUCUACGGUCUUGGCCAUUCUUUGUAAAUGUACAAAAAGCUCCGUCACUUUGCAGGGCUCUGCCGUGUGGUGUCCGAAUACCAAUUAUUAUGUGUUUUUUAGUUUAGGAAUAAAAGUAUUUUUUUAAAAAGGGGUAUAGUAAACCAUAUUACUGUGGUCCUUAAUCCACUCAUGCCUAUUGUAACUGUUACUCUUACACGUGAUGAUUGUACGCCAUGUGCCGACAACCUGACAUUACUGUGAAUACUGAUCAGGGUCAUGAAACUCCUUGCUGCUAACAUGUGGAAUGUAUGGUGUUACUAACCUUAAAUGGGAGGAGUUUAUUAAGGGAAAGGGAGGAUGGUAUUUGUUAAAACCUCACCUUAACAGACUUUUAACCCAGGCCGAGUCGCUAUUAACCACACUUCCUGGGGGCUGCUGAGGGACCUGCGCUGCCCUCAGCCCAGGCUCCAGCCGGGCCUGGUGCCCACAGCAGGGGUCAGGGCCCUCUCGGAGCAAGAAGAGUAACGGGCCCUGUGGCAGACAGCCUGGGGGAGAGGGGCAAGAGCCCCUCCCGUGCAGGGGUGAGGCUGCCCAUGGCCAAGCACUGUCACGACAGAGUUUGAGUCCACUGUGAAACCAAGGGGUGAUGAGUGAGCCAGUCUGUCCUGGGCGAUCACCCUUUAAGCUACAGUUUCUCCUGUUACUUACCCCCGUGCUGGCACUGUAGCAGAGACAGGGGCAGGCUUUGCCUAGGCUGCAGUACCCCCAAACUCUUACCCCUGCCACGCUGUCACGCCUGCUCUUGUCUUCUACAUGAAAAACUCACCUGGCUUGGAAAAGAGAAAGUAGCUCCUCCUCAAAAUAAAAUACACAGCCUAGAGCCACUGCUGGUUAUUUUUCAGAAGGGAGCAAACCUUUCAAUGGCUUUAUUUUUUAGAAGUAACUUUUUAAUGGUACUUAAUUCCUGGAGUCGCUGUCCAGCGGGUAAGCUAAUGAAGAAAACCCAGACCCUCUCUGUUAGGUCCGUGCUGAUCAUUAGCCACACAAGCUUAAUAAAGAUUUGCAAUGGGCUUUCUC